AUGAGUUUCAGUUCAACUAGUGCUGGAGCACAGGCAGGAAAUUCCAAUUGUGGUGUCCUUGGCAGGAAAUUUAAAGAGAUUAAUCAUGAUUCAGUUGAAGAUGGAAUGGACAAUGUUUACAAAGUAUCAGUUGCUGGAAAAAUUCGAUGUAGAAAAUGUGCUAACUUUCAGAUCUCUAUAACUAGUCUUGUUAUAGGUUUUCUUGCAUUUCAGACUCCUAUAGAGAUGGUGAAUGCCACUAAAGGGUUGUUCAUAUCCUGUGACAUUCCUAUGGCACAAUUCAUCAUCAAUUUGAAUGCCUCGCUACCGGCAUCGCAGAAGUUCAUCAUUCAUGUUUUGGACAGCACUCACAUGUUUGUCCAAUCCCAUGUGUCUGAAAUGAUACGAAGUGCAAUCGCAGACUUCAGAGAGCAGAAUUCCUAUGAGAAGCCUGCUUAA